GGCGGCGGGCGGGCGGCCGGCGCUGAGGCGGCUGGCGGACGCGGCCCCCGGCCCUCUCCCCGCCCUCGUCUGACCAGCGGCGGCUCCCGGACAAGAUAUGAGAAAUGAGUGUUGGACGCAGAAGAUUAAAAUUGCUGGGAAUUCUGAUGAUGGUAAACGUCUUUAUUUAUUUAAUUGUGGAAGUCUCAAAAAGUAGUAGUCAAGAAAAAAAUGCAAAAGGCGAGGUUAUACUGCCCACUGGCAAAUUCUGGAGGAAGCCUGUACCUGCCAAGGCGUAUUGGAACAAAGAACAAGAGAAAUUGAAUAAGCGGCACAACCCGAUUUUGAGUUUACUUGCCAAUAUGACUGUGGAAGAAAAUUUGAUUUCCAAUGCAAGUGUUCUGAAUUCCUGUGAGCCUGACCCUUUUGUGACUUCAGCAGUUAAAGAUUUUGAAAGCUUGCCCGACAGAUUUAAAGACUAUCUGCUUUACCUGAGAUGUCGAAAUUAUUCGUUACUAGUGGAUCAGCCGAACAAGUGCAAACGUAAGCCCUUCCUCCUCCUGGCCAUCAAGUCACUCACACCGCAUUUUGACAGAAGACAAGCUAUUCGAGAAUCCUGGGGAAAAGAAACGAAUGGUGGGAACCAAACAGUUGUGAGGGUCUUCUUGCUGGGGCAGACCCCUCCGGAGGAUAACUUCCCUGACCUUUCGGACAUGUUGAAAUUUGAGAGUGAACACCACCAAGACAUCCUUCUCUGGAACUACAGAGACACUUUCUUCAACCUGACCCUGAAGGAAGUACUGUUUCUGAAGUGGGUGAGUACGUCUUGCCCAGGAGCCCGGUUUAUUUUUAAAGGAGAUGAUGAUGUUUUUGUGAAUACUCAUCAGAUCCUGGAUUACUUGAAUAGUUUAACAAAGGACAAAGCCAAAGACUUAUUUAUAGGUGAUGUGAUUAAAGACGCUGGUCCUCAUCGGGAGAAAAAGCUCAAGUACUACAUCCCGGAAAGUGUUUAUGAGGGCCCCUACCCUCCUUAUGCAGGAGGGGGUGGGUUUCUCUACUCAGGCCACCUGGCACUGAGACUGAACAAUAUAUCCGAACAGGUCCUUCUCUAUCCCAUCGAUGAUGUUUAUACUGGAAUGUGCCUUCAGAAACUUGGCCUGGCUCCAGAAAAACACAAAGGUUUCAAAACGUUCGACAUUGAAGAGAAACACAGGAAUAACAUUUGCUCCUACACAAACUUAAUGUUAGUCCAUAGCAGAAAGCCCCAGGAAAUGAUUAAGAUCUGGUCACAACUGCAAGAUCCUCAUUUAAAUUGCUAAAAUAAAUGAGAAAGGUGCAUAAGAAUGUAUGUUAAAUAUUUCCCAUGUCCCCCUAAUUGUAAAGUGUGAUUUCUCUGCUGACCCAUUGAAAUCCUUUUUGCCUGCUAACCAUUUUUAGGGAUCUCUAUGUCCCCCCCGCCCCAUCCCCACCGUCACCAACUAAGAAUCUCCCUCCACCUGGUACUUGAAGAACUUAAAAAGAGUAAUAGUGCUUUGUGGGAGGGAUGGCAUGAAGACUUACUUUUCAAUGUCUAAUAGCCAUUGUUUGAAUCCCCCCCUACCCCACCCCAAACUUCCACCCUGUCUAAAAAGAAUAGGUUUCCGAAGCUGUAACCAUUCAGCUCAAUUCAUUGCUAAGUUUAUAGUUCAGAGUGACGGAAAAUAGAGUUUCUUCUUAAUUUCCAAUGUUAUUGUGAUUUCGUGAUCUGUAAUGUUCAAGGCUAUUGUAAAAACUCCUGGGUUUAAGGACCUUGGCAAACGUAAUAAAAGCCAUUUUCCCCGAACGGUUGUCUUUCUUGAGAUGGCAUUAGUUUUAUUUUAAUUCAGUUUGGGGAAAGCCUCUUUAGGAAACUUAUUAAAAAUUAUUUUUAACUUCUGCCUUCCCUGCCUCCCCGGCAUUAUUUUCUCAAUUUAAUCUGUGCAAAAUGAAGCUGUCUGACUGAAAGCCUGUUCUUAUUGCUGGGGAAUGAUACCAUUUCUUUUUAACUUGGGCUAAUAGGAAUACCUAAAAGAUUCUUGGAUAAUUUUAUACUUUAAUGAGAUAUUAAAAUUAUCCCUUGAUCAUUUAAAUAGCUUUAAAAGCAUGUCCAAUUAUUUUAGCACUCGGAAAAUAGUGUUUUGAUAAUGGGUAAUUGAAGGCUGAAUUGCACAUCACUUAUAAACCUUGAGUUUGGAUCUCUACUACAGACUUUUAAACUGUACUGAUGGGCUUGAGGGUAGUCUUGGACUUUUGGUUAAAAACUUGAAGUUGCAGAAAGUCUAAUGAAUAGUUUUUUGAAACCUCCAGACUUCUUUUCUUGCCACAUUUUCACGUUGCUUGUAUAAAUGAUCAUUCUGAAUUGUGACUGCUUCCUGUGUCUCUUUAGAAGUGCCUGUGUUUUUAUUUAUUGUUCAAAUGAAGACCAAAACAAUUUCUUAAAUAUAUUUUGUGUAACAUUUUAUUUGUAUACCAUGUCAGGUAAUAUUUAACUAGAGCAUGAUAUUUUAAAUGUGGUAAGAUGUAAUGUGUUAAAUAAAGCUAACUGUUAUUUUUGAAUUCAGAAAGUUGUUUUUCUGUGUAUACUAGAUUUAAUAAAAUUAUGCCAAAUUGACUGAUGCACCGUUUCAACACCA